AUGAUGCCCGAGUUUACUACAUCCGUAGUUGCCUUGGUUAUGAGCGAGCUUACUGGAUUGAUGCCGAGGAUUCAGCUGCAGAACACUCGAUGGUCACACCUGAAAGGAGUGCAGUUGGCGGACCCGGCUUUUCACAGACCCGAUCGCGUGGACUGUGUGAUUGGGGCUGACAUGUACACGAGCAUCUUACUCGACGGAUUGAAGAAGGGACCCGAGGGCACUCCGGUAGCGCAGCGAACGGUUUUUGGCUGGAUAUUGACGGGUGAGGGCGGUGAUGAAUCGACGAGCCGGCCCCAGGAGGUGACAGUUUUCCACACCAUUGCUGAGCCAACGCUGAAUCAACUGCUGGAAAAAUUUUGGCAAAUCGAGGAUAUAGCCCAAACAAAGCAUUGGACGACGAAGAAACAGUUUUGUGAAGACUACUUCGUCAAGACUACGUCAAGAAACUCGGAGGGCAGGUUCGUAGUCCGGUUGCCGUUUGCGGCCAAGACUAGAUUUGAAGGCUCGAGAGAUAUAGCCCUGUCGUGUCUCUUUCGAAUGGAGAGACGAAUUAUGAAAGUCCCCGACUAUCCUUGUCUUAUAAUAAUUUUAUGA